UAAAUCGAUCAACGUGGUUGGAAAAUAUCCAUGAAUAUCAUUGUUCUUUCUAUCUUCUUUACUUUGUUGUUGUCGAUCUAGUUACUUGCUAAGCAAUAAUGGUAGGGGUUGUCCAUCAUAUCCACAAAUCGUCCCAAUGGGAGAAUCUCCAAAAUCUCCUUUAAUAGCUCCCCCUUCAAAUACCCGCAUAGUGCUUCAUUAUCUUUUCAAACUUAUCUUUCGCAUAUGGAUUCCAGCUUGUCGUUUGUCAACAGCUCCAUCGUAUGGGGAACUAACAGAAACUAUGUAGGUGGACUUUCAACUAGUGGGUUUCGGGGUAGACCAAUAGCGUCCAAUAUCCAGAAGACUGGUAGAUCAAGGCUUGUGUUUUAUGCUCGAGCAGACAAUGGCAAAGAUUCCAAAGACUCCAAAGAUAUCUCAUCGUCAAGAGAUAAAGUAGAAAACAAAGCUGAAGAGAAGAAGGACGUUCGUAAACCUGCAGAAUCCAGUGCUACCCCUUCUUCCGCACCCACCGCACGAGUAGAGGCACCAAAAGCACAGACUUCCUCAGCCACUACUAGUCAGCGAAGCAGUGCUUCAACCGAAGGAUCUGGUGGCAUUAAGAUAUCUCAAGGAGGAGUAAAAGAUAAUACUGCAGUUCCUAAAUUUUCCAAGGAUUAUCUUUCUGCUAACGGUGUGUCCAUGUUACCCAAAAUCGGCUUUGAAAGAGUGAAGGAGAAGGAAUAUAAGAUCAUACCUGGGAGAGUCCGAGCUGGACGCUUUCCACCAGAUGAGACUAGAAACAUUUUGGAAAUGGCCUAUCAACGAAUAUUUGGAAAUAACUAUAUCUUUGAAGCUGAAAGGGAAGAGCUGAAGACCAUUGAUUCGGCAUUCCAGAAUGGAAGGUAUCGUGUGAAGGACUACAUUCGUGCUCUGAGCAAGUCAGAUGUGUUUAAGAACAAGUUUUUCUAUAAUCGUCCAGUUUAUAACUCUAUUGAGUUGUGUUUCCGAAUUUUAUUGGGAAGACCUUGCGACAGUUAUGCCGAGUUGAAAGGCAAGACCUCUAUUUAUGACUCUCACGGUUUUGAUGCACUUAUUGACUCGUUCUUGGAUGAUGGAGAAUAUGACGAGGCUUUUGGAUACGAUAAUGUACCUUAUAAUCGUCCAUAUACUCUUGGUACUCGCAAUUCCACUGCCCAGUUUGCUCAGUUAUUACGAAUGAGUAGUCGUGCAGCUGAUGCCGAUUACAAGUCGAAUGAACGCAAGGCAUUUACUUCCAGCAUUCAAGCUAACCGUUUUGGAAUACAAACCGUGCCUCGACUUUUGAAUCGUAUUACUGCCCGUCGAUCUAUGGGAGGAAGACCAGGACCUGUUGGUGCUCCUUGUGCUGGUUUCCGUAUGGGUGUGGAAGCUGAUAAUGAUGGUAAAGUCUACCGUCUAGAUGUGACUGGAUUCACUGAGUGGACCACUGGAGCUGCUGGUGCCGCAGGAAUAACGUUGCGUUCUCGCUCGGGAAGAUUAUAUCGUAACUCUACCAGUAUGUCCAAGGGAGUCUUGUCUCAAUUCCGUCGUUCCAAUCAAGCUUAUCUGAUUCCUAAAGACAAGAUGUUGGAGCGUAUGAUUCAGAUCCAUCAGAGAGGUGGCAAGAUUGUCUCUGUUGUUCCCACUGCUUAAUUAGUGCAAUUUGCUCGCAAGAAAUAGUUAUUCUUCUUACAAUCUUUUGUUUCUGUUGAAUAAAAGGGGUAGUUGUGUUUGGAAAGGCCGCGCUUAAUGUCUUUGUUGG